UCUCGCCGUGUGUCUAUGUUGUCCGAGUACAAGGACACCGUCGAGCGACGCUACUACACGCUCACCGGGGAGGUCCCCGAGGACGAGGUCAUCGAGCGCAUCAUCUCUGAGGGCCGCGGCGAGGAGAUCAUGAGCGCCGCAGUCGCCGAGCACGGCAAGGGCGCCGUGCUCGCCGCGCUCAACGAGAUCCAGGACCGCCACGACGCCGCCAGGGAGGUGGAGCGCAGCCUCCUCGAGCUCCACCAGGUGUUCCUCGACAUGGCCGUCAUCGUGGAGGCGCAGGGGGAGAAGAUCAACGACAUCGCGCACCACGUGAGCAACGCCAGGGACUACGUCCACUCCGGCAACAAGGAGCUCGGCAAGGCCCGCGAGCACCAGCGCGGCAGCCGCAAGUGCCUCUGCAUCGGCAUCAUCCUGCUGCUGCUCCUCAUCCUCAUCGUCAUCGUCCCCAUCGCCACCAGCCUUAGGAGGUCAUGAGCAACCACACCACACCGGAGUUUGCCC